AUGGCGCUUACACCUGAAACUUUGCACAAGCUAAGUUAUUUGAUGCAAGCAUCCUAUGAUGGUGGGAAGGUUGGCAAAGAAAAUAGCACAGAAGAUGGGGGUUCAAGAAGUAGGUACAACAAUUGCAGGGGUGAAGGAAAGGUAAGGUUUUCAAAUGAGGGGUUGGAGGACAGAGUAGGUGUGUAUUCUGAUGAUCAAAAUGAAAUCAGCAAAAGGGCUGAGAAACCUGACCAACUUCUGAGAAGGGAUGAUGAUCAUGAUGCAGAGACUCCAUUCACAUCACUUGAAAAAUGGUACAGGUUGACCCAAGUGGGAUCUUAG